AUGGAUAUUGACAUGGAUGUCGAUGACCAACCUUCUCCACCUUCCCCACCCGCACCUAUUUUGAGCUCCAACAACGCCGCCAGACGGUCUCACUACAACUACAUUGUCCCAGUCGACGAUAACCAUCCAUUCGAUCUCGAUUCCUAUAUUGGGAAUUACAGUGGACGAACAGCAAUAGACAGGCUAAUCCGAAUCGUAUCUGUUUGUCCAGGUGUCGCCGUCGAUGCUUUCAAUUUGGCUAUACAACACAUCCAUCAGUCUCGCGAUCCUUCUUUGUAUCAACCUCUGUGUAACGCGUAUGAGUUGGUUUCUUCGUAUCCUGGAGUACAGCUACCAAGUAUGAAUGAGCUUCAUGGGCUUGAUACGAGGUGGGUGGAUGAGGUGGUGAAGAGGAAUCAUCAGGAGAAGGUCAAGUUGGAGGGAGAGUUGAAGACGUAUUCGAAUAAUAUGAUUAAGGAGAGUAUCCGGCUGGGACAUCGCGAUCUAGCAGAGUUUUAUCGCUCAGUUGGAGAUUAUCCAGCAGCACUGAAGCACUGGACAAAGUCUCGUGAGUUUUGUACUACCAGUCAACAUGUUCUGGAUGGGUGUAUUUCCAUUCUCGAGCUCCUUAUCGAACAACGAAACUACGCUCACCUCCCCACAUACGUGUUCAAAGCCGAAUCCUCACUCGAAGGUGCCACGGCAUCUACAAUCAAGGAUAAAGAUGGUGGUUCUGGAAAUAGAAAAAAUUCCUCAACGAUAGCUGACGUCGACGUCCUUCGGUCAAAACUUGAUUUUGCGAAUGCGUUAUCGCAGUUGAGCCAGGGCAAUUAUGAGCGUGCUGCGUACUUUUUCUUGAGGAUGGGUACCGGGACAAGUGGUUUGGGAGAUUGGUUUGGGAAGCUGGUCUCUCAAGCGGAUAUUGCAAUUUAUGGAUGUGUCUGUGCCCUGGGAUCCUUGUCACGAUCGGCAUUCAAAGUCCAGGUGAUUGAAAACCUAUCCUUCGGCGCCUACAUUGAGCAAGAGUCGUAUGUACGAGAAGCUGUGGAGGCGUAUAUGGGAAGUAAUUUCAGGGCUGUGUUGGAAACGCUCAGUCGGAAUAACACCCGGCACACCAUUGACAUUCACCUAGCGCCUCACAUUGAAACUCUGAACUCGCUUACUCGCUCACGUCUGGUGACCCUCUAUUUCACUCCGUUCAGCAGCAUUAAACUAGACAGGAUGGCUGAUGCGUUUGGAUGGUCUGUAGAGGAAACAGAGGAAUAUGUUGUCGGGCUGAUUCGGAGCGGGGAUAUCAAGGGAAGAGUGGAUAGCCAGGGGAAGAUCUUGCAGGUUAGAUCAUCAGAUGGGAGGGCGGAGUUAUUUGUGAAUGCGGUGAGGAAGGGGUUGGAGAUGCAACAAGCGAAUAAAAAAAUGUUGUUUAGGAUGAAGUUGCAACAAUUGGAUGUUGUUAUUAAGGCUCCGAAACCUCAGCAGGGUGGUUCGAUGAUAGAUGUAGCGGAUUAG